AUGGCUUCUGUUGGUGCCUGGUCGUCCGGGCGGCAUUUUUGGCCCCAAUUAGUCGUCGGAGAAUUUUGCCUGUUCUUGCAAACCUAUUCCUACAUCUUGUCAAACAGUUUCUACCCAGUCCUGCAAAGAGCCAUCGGGGUGGGCAGUGCCUUUGAAGGCUGGAGUCCCCGUGAGCAGGAUGUGGUGUGUCGUGUGCUCAUCCCCAUGACUCCUCCGCGAGGCCACAGCUUCCACCUGGAGCUGGACAGUGCAGGGCAGAGGCACGUGAGGAACUUCCAUGUCCGCGUGCAGCUGGAGUGCACCUGCACCAGGGAGCAACAGGCUGAGAACAUGCUGUGCUUCGUGCACCACCCCAAGGAGGAGCUGAGGAGGAAUCAGGAUCCCAGCCUCCUGGACACCCUGUGCACCGGCUCCUACUUGGACGUGCAGAAAACUGCCCGCUGGUUCUACCAACUGGUGAGAGCAGUCUGGCCAGCUUUGCCUCAGUCCCACAACUGGCAUUUAGUGCUGCUGCCCUCCACACGCUCCUGCCAAUUCAAGGUGACCAAUGGCAGGGAAAGCUUCAGGAUUGAGAUGGUCUUCGGGGUGCGGAGAGGUGACUCUGACAUCUUUGUGAGCAGCCAGCCAGGAUAUGCUGGAACCCCAAGCACUCUGUGGCUGGAGACCUAUGAUGUGGCAGAGAUGAAGUUCUUCAAGCACAUUGCCAGGCAGGCCCCUCCUGGCAGCUUGCAGCUGAGAUGCCUGCAGCUCUUCUCCCAUCUUCAGCUGGGUAUAGGCUUUUCCACCUACACCAUGAAGACGAUUGUCAUGCACCUCCUGAACGUCAUUCCCGUGUCAUAGUGGUGCAGGAGAUAUUUCCUGAGGCGACUGAUGGACAUCAGCGAGAGACUGCUCUUAUCCCUGGAAGUGAAAUGCCUCAACCACUUCAUUGUGGGUAACAAGAGCCUUCCUGAGGAGAUCAGUUUGCCCCCAGAUGUUCAAACAGCUGAGCUACCCAAUCUCUUCCAUCGCUUGGUGAUGGAUCCAGUUGUCUGUUCCCAGGGGAUAGGCGAGUACUUGGACCUGCAAUGUCAGCUUGUAGCAAUCCUUAAACCUGAUGAUUGA